AGCUCGCGCUCCGCUCACAAGCUCCGUCUGCAGUCUCCGUCGCUUUCACUGCAUGUCAGCUCGCGCACACACACAUACGCACGCGCGCGCACACAUACACACUUUUUCCUUCUUUACAGCCAUUUUUCUUUUUUAACUCGCCGGAAGGAGCAGCUCGUUCAAACUCGGAAUACAUUCUGGGAUAGAUUUUUUUGGGACUCUGCUCUGUUAACACCAGAGGGUCUCGGUGUGUGCCGUGUGGUUUGAGUGAGGGAAGCUUGUAUUUAUUUAUUAUUAUUAAUAUUUUUCCCCCAGCGAUGUCGACAGCAGCAGCAGCUGCAGCGGCGGUGUGUGGCCCUGCUGCUGCCGCCGGUGGCGGCCCGACUCCCGGAUCCGGAGCCGAGCUGGUCCGCGGGCAGGCCUUCGACGUCGGCCCACGGUACACCAACCUGUCCUACAUAGGGGAAGGCGCUUACGGGAUGGUUUGUUCGGCGUACGAUCGGGAUAAUAAAGUGCGCGUGGCCAUAAAGAAGAUCAGCCCAUUCGAGCACCAGACGUACUGCCAGCGCACUCUCCGCGAGAUCAAGAUCCUGCUGCGCUUCAAACACGAGAACAUCAUCGGCAUCAACGACAUCAUCCGCGCGCCCUCCAUCGACCAGAUGAAAGACGUCUACAUCGUGCAGGACCUGAUGGAGACCGAUCUGUACAAGCUGCUGAAGACACAGCAUCUCAGCAACGAUCACAUCUGCUACUUCCUGUAUCAGAUCCUGCGUGGCCUGAAGUACAUCCACUCAGCCAACGUACUCCACAGAGACCUGAAGCCCUCCAACCUGCUGCUCAACACCACCUGUGAUCUCAAGAUCUGUGAUUUUGGGCUCGCGCGUGUAGCCGACCCGGACCAUGAUCACACCGGGUUCCUCACAGAGUAUGUAGCCACGCGCUGGUACCGUGCCCCGGAGAUCAUGCUCAACUCAAAGGGUUAUACCAAGUCCAUUGAUAUCUGGUCCGUGGGCUGCAUCCUGGCUGAAAUGCUCUCCAACAGACCCAUAUUUCCUGGCAAGCACUACCUGGACCAGCUCAAUCAUAUUUUAGGUAUCCUUGGCUCUCCCUCACAAGAAGACCUGAACUGCAUCAUCAACAUAAAGGCCAGGAACUACCUGCUCUCUCUACCCCUGCGCUGUAAAGUGCCCUGGAACCGCCUCUUCCCUAACGCCGACCCUAAAGCGCUGGAUCUGCUGGAUAGGAUGCUGACCUUUAACCCCCAUAAGAGGAUUGAGGUGGAGCAGGCCCUGGCGCACCCUUACCUGGAGCAGUACUACGACCCGACCGACGAGCCUGUCGCAGAGGCUCCGUUCAAAUUCGACAUGGAACUCGACGACUUGCCCAAAGAGACCCUCAAGGCACUGAUCUUCGAUGAAACGGCGCGCUUCCAACCAGACUACAGACCAUAACGCAACCCAGUUACACAUACUACAGCUCUACAUUUCACUCUUUCUCAUACUAUUCUUCAGUUAUUCAUUCAUCACUAUGACUUUAUUCCCCUUCCAUUGUUUCCCCUCUACAUCAGAUUCGCUCUGGAUUUCUCUCUUCUCUUUUCCUUUCUUCUGCCUUCAUCAUCAUCCUCCUCCUCCUCCUCCUCCUCCUCUGUCUCCUCUGAGAUUUGAGUUCAAACAAAGGGUGUGUGGACAGUACGAGUGUGUGUGUGUGUGUGUGAGGUGAAAUACGGAGUGCAGGCUGACCAGAAUAUCGCAGAGGGUUCGCUUCUUCGGACGAACCUCUAACUUUUUAUGCUUCAGUAAAAAAAAAAAACAAGCCUGUGAUCGUGUAACUGCUGUGCUUAAUUAUUAUUAUUAUUAUUAUUAUUAUUAUUGUCUUUUAUUUUAAAGAGCUUCUAGUCAGUCUCACUCCCGCUUUCCUGUAAAGCAUCCGUAAAGCCAUUUUCAAGUCGAGGCCAAAUUUUGGAUAAAGAAGAAAACGAAGAAAACCGAACCCACAGCCGAGUUUGCCACGGUGCUGUACGUUUAAGGCUUUCUUUACCUAACAUGCCACGUGCCCCCUUAAAUAAUACAAUAAUAUUUUUAUUAAUGAAAUAUUGUAAUAUAGAUUUAGAACAACGUUCGGUAAAUGUUCCAGAUUGGUUAGAGAAAUAAAUAAAAACGAGCUCAAGCACCAAAGAAAAACAGAUUAUUCGGUCACCUUGGUGGGGAAAAAGAAUAUAUAUAUUUUUUUUGUCCAUUUAGUUAAUAGAUGUAGAUCCACAGGUGUGAAAGAUGAGCUCGGAAUCAUGUCGAAGCACGCAUCAGGGAUAGACAGGGAGAGAUGUCAAAUAAAUCCCAAUGGGGGGGGGGUGGAUUUGUGGCUAGCCACAGUAAAAAAAAAAAAAAAGAAAGAAAGAAAGAAACAUGAGCUAAAAAAUAAAGUCCAGUGCCUCGUCCGGUUUUUUCCUCUCUCCUUUAUAUACAUAUAUAUAGAUAUAUCUUCAUGGCUCUUUUUGCUUUCCUUUUCCAGUGUCUGUCUCUCUCUCUCUCUCUCUCUCUCUCUUGCCUUCUCUCAAUAAGACUGUGUCCUUGCAUGACUGUUAAAAAACAAAACAAAAAAAAACAAGAAGAAAAGAAAUAAAGCUUUCUAUACAAAGAACAUGGAGGUGCCACACUGCUGGGGAUUCCACAUCGGGACUCUCAGGUCUUUUUCGGUUCUUAUAUUCCCUCUCUUUUCUUAUUUUGUUGUCGUUAGUGUUAGUUUGGUUGGGUCCCCCUUUUCCUACAACCUUUUAAGGAAUAUUUCGGAGAGUAGAUUUUUCUUUUUUUUAAGAAGCUCAGACGGAGAAAGACGCCAUGUUCACUACACAGGAAACCUCACGUUUUUUUACUCGGCGCCGAAUCAGAGCCGAGCUUUCUCGCUUUAAUAAAGUCUGCUUCGGGCGCAGAGCUAGGCAGUGUGUUACCUUAAAGAGCAAACAAGCACUUAAAAUAAACCUAGAAACAGACAACAAUGGGAAUAGAGAACGAGAAACAGACUUCUGUACUCUGGUGGCUUGACCCUGGGUCAGGUGCUUGAAGAAGACGAGGUUCAGUACUUAGAGCAGAGAAAACGGGCCGGUUUUGUUUGGGGGUUUUUCUUUCUUUCUUUCUAAAUUUCUUUCUUGCUUGCUUUCUUUCUUUCUUUCGUGUUCCUGAAAAGCACUGCAAAACCCUGUAAGAUAGCUUCAGCCAAGUCCAUGUGCAGCCUGUCUGUUCUGUGUGCCUUUACUUAUUAUGAAUAAUGGUUUAUUAUCGUGCAGCUUCGUUUCGCCGGGGAUCAGUUGUGAUUAUUAUUAUUAUUUUAUUUUUUUUUAUUUAAUUAAAUUUUAUUUUUUGUUUUGUUUUUUGUUUUGGUUUUUUUUUUUUUUGGGGUUUUUUUUUGGCAGUAUACCUAUUCUUAAAUACGUAUAUAUUUAAAAAAAAAAAAAAAAAAAAAAAAUAAUAAUAAAAAUCAACAAAUAAUCUAUCUUAACUCUCUGAUUUAUGUCAAUUUUAAAUCCAGAGCUUUUGUGAUUUUUUUUUUUUUUUUUUUUUUUGUGUGUGUGUGUGUGUGAUUGAGUUUGGUAAUUAAUUAAUUAAUUAAUUAAACAAGGCUUUUAUUCCCUUCUCAUCGCUCUCUUUUUUUUUUUUCUUUUUUUUGAGGGCGGGUUUCUUGAGAUUUUUUUUUUUGGACGGUUUUUGUGCAAAUUUUUUUCUUUCUUUCUUUCUUUUUUAAAUUGUAAACUGAAUGUCAUGUUUCUAGUGGUUAUUAAUCUUGUUACAGAAUAGUAUCCAUGUAUUAAAAAACUCUUCUGUAAGUAAUGUUCUAAACAAUGGAAGACUUUUUUUUUUUUUUGUUGUUGUUGUUGUGGAUUUCACUUACAGGUUUAAUGUUUCUCCGCCUCUCCUUCAGCUCUCGCCUUCUCUGGGUGGAGGGGGGGCUGUUAAUGUAAUUGCUCGGGGAAACGUUAUAAUUGAAUAUUAAAAAAUCUAUUAAAAUGUUGCACCUUGAAGAAAACAAGUCAGAUUACAGGUUUGUCUUUGCUCACAGACAAACUUUUUUUUUUUUUUUUCCUUUUUUCUUUUUAAAUUACUACUAUUAUUGGGUAAUUUAGCAUCUGCCAAGUCAUGUAACCUUGAACACACCAGAAUAAACACUGUAUCCUA